CUGAGCUCUCUCCUCCCACCAAACAUGCAUCGUAAAAGCAAAAAACCCGAAAUCAAACCACGAUUCGCUCACAAACACAAACUCUGCCUACGGUUCUCUCUCUCUCUCUCUCUCUCUUGCAGGUACGCCACACCAUCUGUGGUUGGUUCGCCCGCCCAAGACUAUCCGCAUGAGAUGCACUCCGAGCUGACACUCCUGGUCACACAGCUGGCGACGAAGCGCGGAACACAUGAUCAACAGGCCGACCGGCGACACGAUCAGUCCCGGCGACACGAAAGAAGAGGAUGUGCCGCCACAACUAUCUGACGGAGCUGAGGGCCGCCAUGAGUCUGCUCUCAGAUCGGACACGCAGAUCUUCAUUGACUUCAGCAACCAAGACAUUUGCACGGCCCCGCCAUGCAGCCAGGGGAUUCAGCCAAAAGAGCUCAGUAGAGAGGACGACCAUUCCGCAGUGCUGCAUCUCAAUAAGGUCGAGACACACAGCAACGAUGCGCUAUUGAGCCACCAAAGCACCGUCACGGAGCAAGCCAAGCAGCAAUCAGGAGACACAGCACAUUCGACAACCCUUCAGGAGAUGGGCGAGGAGCCGUCACUGAGGGAGGAGGAGAUGAACGACAUGGGCGAGGAGCCGUCACUGAGGCCAGAGGAGAUGAGGAUUUGCGAAAUGAAGCGGGAACUCGAAAUGGCUGCCGGUAGCCACAAGCACAGAAAGGCAGAAAAGAAAAGGGAUUGGUUUGUCAACGCCCAUGUCUCUCUCCUGUGUCUUGCAGGCUAUGCGGCGGCCUUCGAGGAGGCCCCAUCCACCCUUGUAUACACCGGAGGGGAAGAG